AUGGACGACAAUGGGGAUUUUCUGCCACAUAUCAGAUUGGCGAAAGAUUUGAUGGAUCCCAGAAGAUACGAUAGCCGAGUUCGUCCAGUGAUUGAUCACGCCAAUCGGACGUUUGUUCUCUUCUCGAUAGACUCUCUAUCAAAUUCCUCGCGGUGUUGGAACCCGAGUCUUUAUGGAGGAAUCAAUGUCACCAUUUGCCCUAUCACGCCGUUUGGCUGCCCGAUACUCUAUAUUUAUAACAGUGUUGUGAUGAAUCGCGAAGAAACGGAGAGAUAUAUCAAUGUGGUGGUGACUACGAAGUACUACAAGGACAGCGGAGAGCUGAAG